ACGCGAAAAAUUGUCGCUAGUACGCUCAUAGUUUUUGUAGUUGACGCGUGUACCAGAGAGGUUAAGAUGGGUGAAACGUAACAGGAUUUAUUUGUAAACGAAGUUGAACGGAGUUUAUGCACUGAUUCGCGUAGUAAAAUGUGUACAUAGUACACGCGACACUACUUGAUUUUCAUUAGUUUACAUUCACUCCAGUAAACUCGUUUCAUGCUUAAUUCACGCAUUUCAAUUUUUCGAAACUCGAUGGAUAUCUUAUUUGUUUCUGACACUUUUUCUUUAGCACACGCAUUUUUGCUUAUUGUGUAUACUUAAAAACGAAGUUAUGUCAUAGACAUAGUCUUGCACUUUUACUUCCGCGAAAGGUAGAAAAUAGUUUCUUACGAACGUAAAAUGAAAUUGGACUACAUAGUUUUCUUAGACGGUAAUUUAUUCGAAGUGAGUGCAUCAACGAAAACCAGAGUUACUGACGACGAUGCUGUUACUUUCUACGAAUUACUUUACAUUCUGCAAAUAUCUCAAGAAAUAGAAGGUAUCCGAACGCUAGGCGUCUCAAUCGAAUUGAUGAAUGAAUUAGGACGCAUUGCGAGGGAGGAUCGGUCCCAAGACAUCAUGAAGCAGCGAGUCCUACUGGCCCUCGCCAACUUGAUCACCUCCUACGCAUCUUUCCUAGCGGCUACUGGAGCGAAAGCGUCCACGAGGCAAAGAACGCAGAGCAACAAUCAUAGCAACAUCAGCGAGCUACUGGACAAUCUUCUUCGCGGUUACGACAACAGCGUCAGACCAGACUUCGGUGGUCCACCAGCCACGGUUGAGGUCGACAUCAUGGUGCGCAGUAUGGGUCCGAUUUCCGAAGUCGAUAUGACAUAUUCAAUGGAUUGCUACUUCCGGCAGUCGUGGGUGGAUCGACGUUUGGCUUUUCAAGGUGGCAAAGAAACUCUGGCGCUCAGUAUAUCGAUGCUGGCAAGAAUCUGGAAGCCGGAUACGUACUUUUACAAUGGAAAGCACAGUUAUUUACACACGAUAACCAGCCCUAAUAAGUUCGUCAGGCUUUAUAAAGACGGCAGAGUGCUGUAUAGUUCAAGACUUACGAUCAAGGCUGGUUGUCCGAUGAAUCUUGAGAACUUUCCAAUGGAUACGCAGAGAUGUCCACUACAAUUUGGCAGCUUCGGUUACACGAAACGGGACGUGAUCUACAAAUGGAACAGCGCCCGACAAGUAGCAAUCGCCGAGGACAUGAAAUUAUCCCAAUUCGAUUUAGUUGCCAAUCCCACUGCGAAUUAUUCUGCAUCGGCGACGCUUUCACACGCGGAAUAUUCGAUGCUGCUGGUAUAUUUUCAUCUGCAGAGGCACAUGGGUAAUUUCCUUAUACAAGUAUACGGGCCCUGUGUUUUACUCGUGGUCCUAUCUUGGGUCUCCUUCUGGUUAAAUCGAGAAGCCACUGCAGAUCGUGUGUCACUGGGUAUAACAACCGUAUUAACGAUGACAUUUUUGGGAUUGGAGGCGCGGACAGAUUUGCCUAAAGUUCCUUACCCCACUGCCCUGGACUUCUUCGUUUUUCUUUCGUUCGCUUUCAUUUUUGCCACCAUUAUACAAUUCGCGGUGGUGCAUUAUUUCACCAAGUACGGUUCCGGCGAGUGUUAUUUCAGUUCCGAUUUAAGCGAAAGCGAGAGUUCCAGCGACGAGGAGGAAGCGAAUACACGACAAUUGCAGAAAGAACCGGUACCCCAAUCGCACAAAAGAACCGCUGGAAACCUAACGGCACGAGGGCACUCAAGUCGAAAUUUUACGAUGAACGAGGACGGUAUGAUCGAAGUGAUACCGUUAUCAGCGAUCCCAGAACCCAGCAGAAAUCCUACAGUGGGCCACUGGCAGAUGUCCUGCGUGACCUGCAGCCCGCCCCCUCGUCAAGCUCCUCCGAGCAGAAAAGAGGGAUCCGGUCGAAGGCGACGCAGAAGAACGCCUAGAUACAAUUCCGUAUCGAAAAUCGAUCGUGCCAGCCGCAUCGUGUUCCCCGUGUUCUUCCUGGCUAUCAACGUGUUCUACUGGUGCGCGUAUCUGUCGAGAAGCGAGCGUAUCAAUUACUACAACGUGGACUCGAACGGCACGUGAAAUCGGUCGCUAAACGGGACAACCAAGGGAAAACAAGUGUACGAACGUUCUCCACGGGAUUAUUCAACGGAGAAGGAGAUGUCGAUCGACCAAUCUACGAUAUUACUUUAAGCGAUCACUUAAUAAAAAUUGUUGGCCGGCGGACGAUUUACGAGGACAAUGAGAGCUUUGGACGAGCGUAUGAACGAAUAUUACGUUAUCGUUCGUAAGUUUAAUCUUAUUAAAUAGAAAGGGAUAAGGAUGCAUGAAUAUUAUAAGUAUUAGAGACAUUUGCAUUUGUAUUUUUAACUCUCUGUAGGGGAAGUUUAUAACUAUUGUUUAAAAAAAGUUUUAAUUAUUGCUGGAAUCUUUUCGAAAAGAAUUGCGAAUAUUUCAAGAGGAGAUUCUAAUAUUUGACUUAACAAAUAAUUAGAUAAUAUAACAAAGAUGUUAAUAAACAUGGCAGAAUUUUUUUAAAAGUCUGAAACAGCAAGAAGAUUAUGUUUGGAUAUAAACGAUCCAAUUUCUACAUUAAAAAGAUAUAUUUUAUAAGUUUGCAUACGGAAUAUUAAAAAGUUGUGACAUUUUCCAAUUUCCUUUACGAUUAGUACAAUGAUUGAUAUUUCAUUCGAAAUUUUGCAUUGUUCGUAAUCGUUGUUCAGUACGAUUAACCUUGUGAACGAUGAUGCUAAUAAAUAAUCGAUAUCAACAAUACGGACGAAGAUAUGAGACCAGACUAGGAAACCUUAUGAAACGCUAUAUAAAUAUUUAGUAAAGCUUAAAAUGUGAGUUUGUAAUGUAUGCGGAGAAACUGAAGAGAUAAAUAUUGUUUAAAUCGGUUUAAGAAAUAA